AUGACGACGUUAACAUCAGCGUUGGACAGAGUUGGUCAUUGCGAGCUUCCUGACAACAAGACCGCCAAUGAAAUCGCUAGUGCCAUGGCUGAGGCGGUGAGGCUCUAUAAUGAGAGAUACCACAGAAGUUGUCAUAACAUUUGCAUUGUCGUUGCUGAUGACAACAGUAACAGCAGUUGCCUGAUAGAGGCGGCGCUGUUGAUGAAUCAUGCUACAGCUUGUCACAGGAGGACUAUGAAGGAGCUCAUCAGAGACGUUGUGCGACUGGCCGGUCGACUUGAGCCCAGUAGGUCUGUGGAGGUUGCCCUGGUUUACUACGAGGCACUAGAAUACGAUGCUGAUGAUGAAGCCGCCUGGAACCUUCGUGGUAGGCUGGAGAAGAGCAUGGCUGUGCAGUGCCCGUCUGUCGUACUGCAGUUGCUUGGAAAGUCAGAGUUGCAGCAACAGUGGCGCAGUGACGCGAGUCUUAUAUCCUCUCUCAAGUGUGUCGACUAUGCCCCUGAUGACUUGUCGAGGUUUCUGGCGGUCCUCCGAGACGACUGUGGGCUUCCAACGCGCCCUACUGCCAUACCAUGUGUGGCUGUCGAUGUCGAUGCCAGCAUCAAGGAGGAGUGCCUUGUGAGUAAGGUCGUUGAGGCUACUCAGUCUAACCUGAGUAUUUACUCUUGCUUGGUCAUGAACGGACGUGAGGUGGCUUUGGAGAGGAUAGCUGGGCAUGUAUUGGAGACUCGAGGCGAAGAGAGCUCGGAGGUCAUGGUUGAUACGGCUCUGCUGACACCCCAUGAUGUGAUUGAGGACAGUAGUGAGACUGAGUGA